AUGUGGAUUCUCUCCUGCGACCAGCCUUUCUUAGGCGGUAAGCGCAUCUGGCUGCGGCCAGGUACCUCCCACUUACUUGGUCGCAAUUCAAAUCGAGCGACCCUCGACGGCCUGCAGCUUCACUUCAUCGACUAUAAGGCUGUGUCGAGACAACAUCUUCAGGUCAAGGUCCACGAUGUCGAGGAAGGAGACAGCGGAAAAGUAUUCAAGAAGAGUGGGGUAACAGUCGUUGAGGGCAGUAAGAGCGGGACCAAUAUCAACGGGGAAGUGGUCAAGGCCGAAGAGAAAGUGCUGGAUGUGAGGAAUACUACAGCAUUCGAGAUCCGGUUGGGAUCAUUGGAUGCGGUCUUCAAAUUGGAGUGGAAACCUAUAGUGCUGAGUCUCAUUGGGAAGAAGGGAACUGUUCGGAGCGAGAAGGAGAGAUUGGUGGGAAGCGAUGUGAAGCUGGUGACCGAGUAUCUGAUGCAGAAUACCACGCAUGUGGUCUCCAAGAAGAGAAAUACGAUUCAGGGUUUACAAGCGCUUCUACAGGGACGUUGGAUAGUGACGGACAGUUGGGUGGGCCGGUUGGUUGAGGCUGCAAAGCCGAGGGAGAGCGGCGAGAAAGUUAGCCUGCUGGAAGAAGACUUUGACAAGUACUGGCCCAAAGAGGAGGAUUAUCUGGUACCCACAGCCGGAGAACCGACGCCCCGGCCGAACGAAUAUCUGAAGCCAGAUUCAGAGAGGGCGGACAUAUUCGCUGGGUUCACCUUCAUCUUCUUGAGUGAAAGCCAGCAUGAUCAGUUCUUACCGGUGGUAACGGCUGGUGGUGGGAAAGCCACGCUGUUUCCCUACGAGUUGGGCAGAACGAAGCCCCAAGAAGUUGACGACUUUGCUAGAGGGCUCGUUAGAAAGAAGAACAAUGGUUUAUACCCGAUUAGCCAAGAACCUGGACCGGGAGGCAUUGUGGUUAUCAGGUUGACUGACCAUGGGGCUGGCUCCGACCUCGAAAGCAUUUGUGUGGCGAUCGGGCAACGAAUUGUUGCGCAAAAUGAGUUCCUUGAUGCGAUAUUGAUGAAGGAUACUAGCAACUUUCGGACGCCUCUAAAGCAAGCUACACAAAAUCAGGAAAUGAGCGAUGCCCCGCCGGAUUCGUCGCGUGCACCCCGACUCCCAGCUGACUCCAGCGUUCGGCCUCCGCGAGAUGGGGAGAUCGUUACUAUCCCAGAUUCGCCCCCGGAGAGCCAGCGCCCAACACGCUCGGCUCCACAGCCACAACAGGAGGAGCCGGCACCGGGUCAGGAGCCUGAAGAAAACCCUACGUACAAAGCACGACGUACCAUUACUCGGUCUCGAUUCCAAGGCUUCGAUGAUUUUGAUCCAAGCCAGAUCGCCAAAGCCGAUUCCUCUGAUUCUGAAUCUGAUGAGGAGCCCAAGCGUUCGGUGCAGCCCAGCCAGGCAGCUGGUAGCAUGGAAGUUGAUGAGCCUUCACAGCCACACAACAACACGGACAAGAAGAGCACACGAAAGCGUCCAGCAGUCGAAGAACUUGCAGACGAAGACGCCGAACUGCCUGGUCAAGCAGCUCUGAAGCGUCGCCGAACAGAAGCGCUGAAGAAAGGCCACAAGUCGUUCAUGAGACCCAGUCCGGAACCAGAUCGUUCAAGCAAAGAAGACUCGGCCAAAGACAAAAAGGGAAAGGUCAAGACCGGCAAGAGCAGAGUCAAGACCGAGUCUGAAGACAUCAAGAAACUCCGUGCCAAGCGCGAAGAAGAGGACGAACAGCGACGUCUUGACGAAGAAGCUUUACAACGCGCUGGAGAUGAGCCGGUGGAAAGACUUGACCCUGUUGUUGAGACAUUCGACGUUCAGAUUCGAUCUCCGGGUCAACGACAGGAAAGUCAACAGAAUUUUCAUAAUCCUUCCUGGAAUGGCCGGAAGAACUUCAAACGGUUCCGUUCAAACAAGAAAAGGGCCGAUGGUACACCUGGCGCUCCACGUCCUCGCGAUCUGGACAGUCAGAGGAGCUACAUAUCCCUGGAAGAGAUUCCUGGAAAGUCUCACGGAAUGGGCGAUGAUUACUGGCUCGAGGAAGGGGCAGAUCGUGCUCGCAAGAAAGGCCGUCACGUUCAAACUGAGGACUCCCAACGGAAUAAUCUGCGUGCGGAGGUUUCUCAACAUCGCCAGUCAGGCCAUGCCAUUUCCCUACAAAACGGAACUCAGGUGCUUUCCGAUGCGGAAGAAGAAGAUGACACGCAAGCUUUCCGCCGGCGGAUCAGAGUCUCGAGAGAAGAAGAUCGCGAAGAUGAGUUGGCGGAGAAAGCUUUCGAGGAAGUUGAGCGCGGUAGUGGGUUUCCUUCGAGUGCCAGUCAGACGCUCAGGAGUGACAAUGGAGUGAGGAAGAGACCCGCUGCACAGGCGAAAUUAGACACUGGAAUGGGACCGCCGGCGAAGAAGUCGAGAGCCGCUGCUACGAGUGCUGCUGCGAAGAGGAGAGCGCAGACUCUUGGAAUGAGCGAUGAUGAUGAUGAAGCGGAAAGCCAGAUGGCUUUUAGAAGGAAGAGACGAUAG